AUGAAUUCCAGCUCAGAGGAGUUUAGUGACUAUGAUUCUGAGUAUGAGCCCUUUGGCUCAGAAACAGACUUUUCUACAGAUGAAUCAGAGAUUGGAGAUAGUAGUAGCUCUGUUAGUGCAGAGGUUAGUUGUAGUGGCAGUGAUAUUGCUGACAGAGCAGAGGCUAGUUUUAGCGAAUCCGUCAAUUUACCAGAAGUGCCUACAGAGGAAAAUACAGCUGAGGAUGAGGUCACAAUUGUAGAUGCAGUAGUUGGAAGUGAGCCAAUGUGGAGUCCUCCAAAUAAUUAUUCCCCUGAGAUACCCCUGUUUACUGCAGUUCCUGGAGUCAAGGUAAAUACCAAUAAUUUUGAGCUUGUGGACUUUUUCCAUGUAUUUGUUACAGAGGAUAUACUACAGAAUAUGGUCUUUUACACCAAUUUAUAUGCUGAGCAGUUUCUUGCCAGAUGUCCAUUACCUGAAUAUUCACAAGGUCAUGCAUGGCAUCCCACCAAUACACACGAGAUAAAAAGAUUCCUGGCACUCACAAUAGCAAUGGACCUCCAUGAAGGACACACCUUGGCAUCCUACUGGGAUACCACUUCUAUAAUUUCCAUCCCUCUCUUUUCAGCCAUAAUGCCUAUAAAUCGUUAUCAAAUUUUACUGCGGUUUCUACAUUUUAAUGAUAAUGCUACAGCUGCACCCCCUAACGAGCCUAGUCAUGACAGGCUUCAUAAAUUGAGACCCCUUAUUGAGAGCUUGUGUAAGCGUUUUGCUGAGGUGUACACCCCCACCCAAAAUAUUUGUGUAAAUGAGUCCCCCGUGUUUUUUAAAGAGCGCCUAAUGUUCCGCCAGAAUAACCCAAAGAAGCGGUCCUGCUAUGGGAUGAAAUUUUACAAACUCUGUGAAAGCAAGACCGGUUACACUGGUAACUUUAUGAUUUACGAAGGAACAGACUCCUUUUUAGAUCCUCCAGGUUGUCCACUUGAUUUUACCUUCAGUGACAAAAUUGUUUGGGAGCUCCUAACGCCACUUUUGGGCAGAGGUUACCACUUAUAUGUAGAUGACUUCUAUACAAGUAUACCCUUAUUUAGAGCCCUACAUAGUUUGGACACUCCAGCCUGUGGCAUAGUAAGCCAUAACCGAAAAGGCUUGCCCAGGGCACUGAUAAAUAAAAUUCUAAGGCAUGGAGAAACAUAUGCUCUAAGAAGCAAUGAUCUCUUGGCCAUAAAAUAUUGUGAUACCAAAAAUGAAUACAUACUGACCACAAUCCAUGAUGAGUCAGUCAUUGUAGAACACAAAACUACCAAUGGGCCCCCUAAAAGUAAGCCACUCUGUAGCAAAGAAUACAGUAGGCAUAUUGACGGUGUUAAUAAAACUGACCAAAUCCAAUAUUACAAUGCUGCCAGAAAAACAAAGGCCUGGUACAAAAAAGCAGCAUUUUAUAUGAUUCAAAUGGCUCUUAACAAUUCAUAUGUUGUCUAUAAGGCAACAGUACCAGGUCCCAAAUUGUCCUUUUAUAAUUACCAAGUGCAGCUGCUCCCUUCCUUGCUUUUUGGAGAUGUCGAGGAGGCACCAGACAUGUCUGAUAAUGAUAAUGUUGUCCGGAUGGUUGGGAAGCACUUUAUUGAUAACAUUCCACCCACACUUAAUAAAAAGUACGCCCAAAGAGCCUGCAAGGUAUGCCGCAAAAAGGGUAUUAGGCGAGAUGUGAGGUACUAUUGUCCAAAAUGCCCUAGCAAACCAGCCUUAUGUUUCCAGCCAUGCUUUGAGAUUUACCAUACUGUUGUACACUAUGAAAAGGCUUGA